GCCUCGCCUACGUGGCUUGCUAUAGGUCCUGAAUUCGGUUUAGGUAUCGUCAAAUAAACCAUUUCUUUCUUUUUCCUUUUUAAAAAGAAUCUGUACUGUUGGACAAAAGAAAGUUUAAAGUUCGUAUUCGUCAGUAUGCAUACAGUAAUUAUUAAUAUGAAUUACUAAUUAGACAUUUUCUUUUCAAUUUUUUGUUCUGGAAUAUAUGCUACAUCUAUUCACUGCUCUUGUCAAACAUAAUUCCGUUUCAUUGAAUUAGUAUGUUAUUUUCUUCUUCUACUUGACGCCGGUGAAUUCGAUAAGAAACGAGAGAAUAAAGGAUGGAAUUUUAGGUUUUAUAUUAGCAGACCAGGGAUACGACGUAUGGCUCGGCAAUGUACGCGGCAACAGAUACUCACGGAAAAACUUGAAUUUGACCACCUCAGACCCAAAUUUUUGGAUGUUCAGGUAUAGUCGGAAUAAUUAUUCAUCAAGAUUUGUGCCCAGAAAUCAAGACAUUUAUCUGAUCCGUUCGUACAGUUGGCAUGAAAUGGGUAUAUACGAUCUCCCAGCGAUGAUCGAUCACAUUAUCGAGGAAACAAAGCAAGAGAAGAUUUUUAUGGUAACGCAUAGCCAAGGUGGUGCCGCGUUCUUUGUGAUGGCCAGCGAACGACCGGAGUAUCAAGAGAAAGUAAUCGCACUUUCUGCUUUAGCUCCAGCAGUCUUCAUGUCCAGAAUGGGAAAUUCUCUUAUCAAAGUGUUAUGCCUUGUAGCUGCUAAUGACAACUCGAUAUUGAAAUUACUGGGCAUAUAUCAAGCUAAACCAUCCGGCAUAUUUGCACAUACGUUUGGAAAAGUAGCAUGUCUUAAACAAUCACCUCUAUUAACAUUGUGUAAAGGCUUCUUUGAUCUAUUAGUCGGCUCCGAUGGAAAUCUUAAUACGGCAAGUUUCGGAAAUUUGAUUAUGGCACUGCCAGUAACAUGAAAAAAUAUGGCCAGGAACAACCUCCUGAUUAUAAUCUCGGUAAUGUCUCGAUACCAGUGGAUUUGUAUUAUAGCACCAAUGAUGUAGCUGCUGAUGCUCAGUGCAGUUGUCACAAAGAUUUUCAUUCAUACAACUUCUUCUGUUCAAGAUGGCUUAAACCUUAUAAAUGUCAAUCUGUAGAAAGUUUUACUAUUUCUAUAUACGUGUAUAUACAUGAUAAAAAUCACAUAAGUAUCUGAUCAAUAAGAAAUAUUUGGCGAUGAGCGAUAUUUUCGAUAUUUUUAUUAUAAAGAUUCUUAAUAUACUUUGUAAUUAAUAUAUAACAAAUUCUUUCUUUUUCAAUUGAAACGUUCACUCGAUGAUUUUGCAGACAUUUUGGUGAUAAAUAAAUAGGGAAUCAAAUUUUUUAGGCAACAUAUUGUUAUUUAAAUUAUAUAAUAGAUGGUGUUUCACGAAAACCAGGCCACCUGAAUAUCUUCUCUAUCAG